GCAGAUUCUUCAUUCCGCCACUUGUGUGAAGAACUCUCAACAAAAAUGGUGAAGGGACACCAAGGGAAGCGAGUCAGACUCUAUGUGAGAGGAACUGUCCUUGGAUACAAGAGGUCGAAAUCCAAUCAGUACCCAAACAUGUCACUGAUUCAGAUUGAGGGUGUGAACACCAAGGAGGUCACAUGGUACUGCCACAAGCAAUUGGCCUACAUUUACAAGGGCAACGUCAAGAACAGGACUCACUACCGUUGCAUUUGGGGAAAGGUUACCAGGCCGCAUGGUAACAGCGGAAUUGUCCAAUCGAAGUUCAAGUCCAACUUGCCCCCUAGAUUUAUGGGUUUGAAGGUCUGGGUGUUGAUGUAUCCAAGCAACAUUUGAGUGCCACAGUACAUGAAGAUGUCAAUUAACGGUGCAGUGGAUUAGUUUUUAGUUGAUUUCUUCACCUAUGGCUAAAAGAAUUUUGUAUGAAGGAGCUCUAUCCAGUUAUUUUGGAACUUAUAUUUGGUGGUUUUAAAUGGAGAAUAGUUAAUUUCUAAACUCUAAGCACCAAAACCCUGCACCCCUUAAAAGAACAAAACGUUUUCCUUCCCAACCCUUAAUACAACAAAGCCUCUGCCAUAGCCCAUAAAAAAUCCCAAGUAACAACAAGGAAAACAUUGCCCCAAAAGGCCCAAACCCAAAUUCCCAAAGCAUCUCAU